CGGCGCUAAUCCUUUCGCUGGGUGCGGAAUGACGUCUCUUAUUACCGCCCGCGGGCAAACAACCAUCAGCCACACCUUCUACCAGUUAUACCUAUCAAGUGGCAAAAGAGACCAAAAACCCUAAAAGAAGAAGAGAAAACUAAUCUUAAGCGCACUUAAGAAGAAGGAAUGUUAUUUUUACAAGCUCCCUUGAAUCGGUUGUUUUCUUCAGUUGAUCACUAGUCGCGUACUCCCUCACCGUCUUCAACAAUUCCCUGUGUUCCUCAUUUGAAUUACCCGAAACGACAAAGAAAAAAAAAAAAAAAAAGAAAGGGGGAAAAGCCAAAGACGAAACGCUGCCAUGCGACUCUUCGUGAUUCCGAUCUCGACGAGACGGGCCCUGAUAUAUGCUCGACCGCUCCGUCGGGAUCAUGCAAAGGAGCUUUCCAUACUCGAUCGAAUCACAAACAAAGCUGCCGAAACAUGGGCUAAAUGGGAGGAAGCUGAGAAGGGUUGGCAAAAACACUUGGUUGUGUGGGGAAAUAAGGUCCAACAGCGGAUUCCUUAUGAAGAAUGGGGGCUCAAGAGUAUUCCUUCACUGAAUGCUCAGCGACGACUUGAUGAAUUGUAUGGGUCGAAGAAGAUAGAUGUGCUUUUCCCGGGAAAUGCGGUCAAAACCGAAAAGCUCAAGUCUAUCUUGCACAAGAUUGCUACUGAUAGGCAGGACCUACAUCGUAAGAGGAUGUGGUGGAGCUUCAUCGCGAGUCCUUUCACAGCUCCAAUUGGACUCAUUCCAUUGAUACCUAACAUUCCCUUCUUCUAUCUUGUGUAUCGAGGAUGGUCCCAUUGGCGAGCAUUAAAUGGAUCCAAACAUCUGGAAUUCUUGGUCGAGAAGGACCUUCUGAAUCCUAUAUCGCACCCAGCACUGGAACGACUAUACGCGAAGCGGGUUUCACGGGCGCUAGAAAUGUCUAACACUGAACAGUCAAUCUCAAGUAUGGUAGAGGACGUGGAGAAAAGUGACGACAAAUUGCUGCUUCGGAUGGACGAUGCUAAGAAAUUAGCUUCAAUCCUUGAAGCACCGGAGCUUGCUUUGGAAGCCGAACGAGCUAUUGUCCAGGUCGAGGAGAAGUUGAGAACGGAUAUCUCAUCUUCGGGCGAGGACGAAAAGAAAAACAACUUAAAAGAAAAAGAGUAAUGAACGACUCAGACAUAGAGUAACUAAUUGUGCAUCUGUCCACGUGUUUGCGUUGGACAGUCAAGUUAUGGCUGCUAUUAUCGGUGAUGGUGGCUAUGGGUAUGGUACAUAGACUUGGGAGAGCAUUUCGCGUUAAUUGUAAGAUAUAUACUAAGACUUUACUAAUGGUAUACGUAUGGAGUAAGUA